GUGAUGCAGUCUGUAUCGAACGUACGUACGAACCUCACGUCUUUUCGUUUGAAAAAAGCUCCACGACUUCGAGCUUUGUAGAAAUUUAUAACUAUGUGUCCUCUGUUUUGUCAUAUGGUAUUAUUGUCGGCCAUCUAUUAAGCUGUUGUUUGUGGUUUGUGUGUUUGUAAAUUAAUUUGUUUCAAUCGUAGCUGUAAAGUGUUUGUAAACGGAUUCGGUAGUGUCGGCAUAGUUUAUUUUAACUAAGUUCGUGACAGUGCUUAUCAUCUAUGGGAUGUUUUUGGUGAAUUAAAAUCUUGAUAAAUAUAAAGGUACGAGACAUGUAAAGCCUGGUAAAAGUGGAGCGGCUUGGCGCGGCGAACCGGCGGGCCGCGCCAUGGGUAACAAGUGUUGCAGCCGCCGCCAUGACCCAGAUAGGCCUUUGGUAUAUCCGGCGUACAAGAACGAGGCGGGGUUCACAGCAUGCCCGUCAUCGUUGGAGACGCGGUACACAGGUGAACCCAACACGCGAGUAUUGUCGCGCCCUCCUGCGGAUAUCGUGCGCACGCGGAAUCCUGGCAAAUGUAUAACAAACGGUGGUCGUCGCGUGGUAAAAGCACUAUGUGCUUACACAGCCCGCGCAGACUCAGACAUUUCAUUCCGCAAGGGAGACCGCAUGGAAGUCCUGAGCGAUGCCGAACCUGAUUGGUGGAGGGUCCUACAUCUUACUACUAGGAGAGAAGGACUUGUACCAGUCAAUUUCGUGGCUGAAGAAAGCUCUGUGGAGUGUGAAGAGCCGUCAUCAUGUUGCAGUUGGUUCUUCCCCCACGUCUCAAGAAAGGAGGCUGACAAGCUCCUGUUGGCUGAAAGCAAUCCUCGAGGUACCUUCCUCGUGAGGCCAGCAGAACAUAAUCCUCAUGGGUUCAGCCUGAGCGUCAAAGACUGGGAGGAGGGAAGAGGGUACCAUGUCAAACAUUACAAGAUUAAGCCGCUGGACAAUGGAGGUUUUUAUAUCGCGACCAAUCAGACCUUCCCGAGCUUGCCGGCCCUUGUUAUGUCGUAUACGAAAAAUGCGCUAGGUCUAUGCCACGUGCUCGCCCGGCCGUGUCCCAAGCCAGAGCCACAGAUGUGGGACCUUGGCCCUGAACUAAGGGAUAAAUGGGAAAUACCCAGGUCCGAAAUACAACUGAUAAGAAAACUGGGACAAGGCAACUUUGGAGAAGUCUAUUAUGGGAAAUGGCGUAACAAUAUUGAGGUCGCCGUAAAAACACUAAGAGAAGGCACAAUGUCGACGCAAGCCUUCUUACAGGAGGCGGCCAUCAUGAAGAAGUUCCGACACAAACGCCUCGUGGCACUAUACGCCGUCUGCUCAACACAGGAGCCAGUCUACAUCGUCCAAGAGUACAUGAGCAAGGGUUCCUUACUCGAGUUCCUCAGAAACGGAGAGGGCAAGUUCCUACAGUUCGAGGACCUCGUAUACGUCGCCGCGCAAGUCGCGUCCGGCAUGGAGUACUUAGAAUCCAAAAUGUUGAUACACAGAGACUUAGCCGCUAGGAACGUGUUAAUAGGUGAAAAUAACGUAGCAAAAAUAUGUGACUUUGGACUCGCUAGGGUCAUUGAAGACAACGAAUAUUGCCCCAAACAAGGCUCCCGCUUCCCUGUGAAGUGGACGGCGCCAGAAGCUAUCAUAUACGGACGAUUCUCAAUUAAGAGCGAUGUCUGGUCGUACGGUAUUCUGUUAAUGGAACUGUUCACGUAUGGCCAGAUACCGUACCCAGGGCUCCAUGGCAAGGAUGUGAUAGAGCAAGUGGAGCGAGGCUACAGAAUGCCCAAGCCGGUCGGCCACUACCUCCCAGACGAUAUCUAUAGACUGAUGCUACAAUGUUGGGACGCCAUUCCCGAAAAACGGCCCACGUUCGAAUUCCUAAACCACUACUUCGAAUCGUUCACAGUGACCAGUGAGAUACCGUACAGAGAAGUGCAAGACUAGUGCUGUGAUAUAGUGAAAUAAUUUUGUAUGUGCAGCGUGAGAGACAGUGUAGGGUCCUCUUAGCAAAUAUCGCUUAUAUCUGUGUGUGGAUCACGUACCGAACGUUACAAUACCCAGUCCACACACACAUACAAAGCCACUUUUAGUAUUUUUAUACUCAAAGCAUUAUUGAACUAAAACAAUACAGGAAUGUGUGAGCUUCUUUUUUAUUGGUCGACGGCUUUUCUCUUCUGUUUUGUGAGUCUAAAUUAAUAUCGAAAUACAUAGCCUAAGUGAACGACAACACACAAACUGAUGUACGAUUAAGUCCACUAAAAUAAACUUAAGUAUUUAUAGUAUUGAGCAAAUUUCACUUUCAAUAUUAUUUAUGUAGCUUAUAAGCACUGGUAGUGUUGUUUUGCAUUUUGUACAAACUAAAUUGUUCACUAUGACAUAAGCAAUAAGGUUUAAAACGAAAAUGUAACACGAUAUUUUCAUAUUCUAAAGUGAUAUGUGAUAUUUUUUUAUCACUUAAGGCCUGACACUGGAGUAUAGUAAGAUCUCAGAGUCCAACGCUACACUCGCUUUGUAACUCCAAGUAAUUCUAAAGUUGACGCACAAUUCCUUGUUUAUUCUUGUUUUGCGUACAAAUUCCCUGCCCUUUGACAAACAGAACUGAUAAAUUCUAUAAGGCUCCUUUGCAAUAUCAUGCAAAUGAUAUUCAAAAAAGAUAUAAAUGUUUAUCCCUUUAAGUUGUCACGUAGCUCCCUCAAUCAAAAUUGACUAGUAAGUACUUGAUUGUGAUAAACUGUGCUCAAGAAAUCCGUACAACACUUGCAAAGGGGCCAACUCCCUCAUGUAAAAAGACAAAUAAUACUAGCUUUAGGACCAUAUACCAAAGAGUUAAUUGUACGUUAAGAGCGAAUGAUAGAUGUAGAGAGAAGCGUAUUUAAUUUAUAGCGUAGUUAGACCUUGUGACCUGUAUAAUGUUAAUUAUUUUGACCAAUAUUCCCAUUUUUGACGCAUGUAUUAAACUUUAAAGAAUAUUAAUUGUUAAUAUAAUUGGAUUCUAAUAUCGACUGAUCAUCGAUCCGUUGUUUAUUCAAAUAACCACGAAAUUUAACCACAAAAUUGUUUUUUUUAUUUCGCCUAAAAGUAUUAAAAUGCUUUAACCACUUAAUCGUUUUGUCGUCCUAGAUAAUGUAUAAAGCCAAUGAAAAUAGUGUCUUAAAUAACAUUCCAAAUAUUCAAACACGUUAAAUUUGGACACUUUUGUAUGAAAACGUUUAGAUUUAUAAGAUUUUGUACAUACAAUGAAAAAUAAAUGUCAUUGAUAUAAA